AUGUCUUCUCAACACGUGUUACGGGCUGCGCAUCCGAGUGUCCAAUUGUUCUCCCACGAUGUCUUCUCCCUGACUGUUACCACCAUCGCCUGCUCCUUCCCGUCAGUGCGCCGCCUGCUAGUCCGCGUCUCCCGCCAGUCCGCGUCGCUCGCCAAUCCGCGUCGCGCCCAAGUCCAUGCCGCCUGUACUCAGCGGUACGUCGCGCUGUCCUUUUUUGUACCUGUUCGACCUCACUCAGCAGGUGAUUGCGCGCCGGCGCCGAGACCAGCUUCCGGCCAGCCAUAUCGACGGUCUGGCAGCCCACUUCGACGUUGCGGUUGCACGCAACACUCCAAUUGCAGCAGACGCAAGACGAGGAUGGCGGCACAGGCGGCGAUGCGCAUGGUGAACGGGAAGGUGACGACCACGGAUGGGAAGGGGAAUGCUGGCGCGUUUCGCCUACAACUCGCUGGAUGUGGACACACAUCGCGUCCACUGGCACUCAAGCGCACGAUGCCGGGGCUGCAGACGGCCGAGAAGGUCACUGGCCUUGGAAAAUACCGGCCAGGCCCCGCCCACCCAACCGCCCGCUCCUUCCGCGCGGAGUUCACAGCCUCUAAAACCUGCACCCUAUAUCUUCACGGGUUCCCGGCCCGGGCCCAUGCAGCUGUGCAUGGCGACAGCACCGUGCAUGCGCCGAGACGGGAUGCUUUGGAGGAAGUGGAGGCCGUCGCACGAUGUUUGGUCCGCUGA